AUGCGUGAAGAUCGCGAUCGAAAAGUUCUCAAUGCACUCGAAACCUACUUCAGCGAUGCCAACCUAACAUUCGACAAAUUACUCAAGCAAUAUAUUCAAAAAGAUCCGAAUGGCUUUGUACCGAUCGACACGAUUGUUUCUUUAAAAAGAUUAAAGGAAAUCCAAACCAAACCAGAAGAAAUAGUAAAUGCAAGCCAAAAAUCUACUCAUCUUCAGCUGAAUGACAAUAAAACAGCCGUAGCUCGAAUAAAACCAUUUGUAGCGUCAAAGGACAUGGAGCUGGAUGACUGGUCUAUCUACGUGGAAGGAUUAUGGAAACCCUAUGACACCCAAGAAAAAAUCGCACAGCUGUUCACUCGACUUGUCGGAAAUGUGUCAUUCGUCCGCUUCCCGCCCGAUCUCUCAAAAAGGCAUAUCUUUCAUGGUUUCUGCUUUAUCGAAUUUAGUGAAAAGGAGGAUGUCACAAAAGCCAUUGAACAGAUCGACUGCUCUCGAGGUCAAAAACAUCAAGACCCAGAGAUAACGAAAUUAUGCCUGAAAGUUAUAUCAAAGCACGAAUAUAAUCAGUUCAAAGACCAAUACCUGGAGCGACUGGUUACAACCAGAAAAGCCGUCAAGAGGGCUUGGGCAGAAUACAAUGGAGAGCACGUGGAUGGGUACCCUGAAGGCUUAGUCGCGUUCGUUACGAACUUGGCACCAAAAUCUUCAAAAACAGUAAUCACGAAUCUAUUGGCACAAGCUGGUGUUGAGGUUGCUUAUGUUGAUUACAAAAAGAAUUCUCCAUCUUGUCAUGUGCGGCUCAAGGCAUCCGCUGAUACCGAUAAGCUGGUGAAAUACUUUAAUGAAAACAAGAAAAUACAAAAGGAUGGUAAAGACAGUGUAGGCACAUCAGCAAGUGCGGCAGAGGCAUCGCAAGCACUGGGAGUACGAAAACUUACUGGUAAGUGCGGAGGUACGCAUAGCGUCUAA